AUGAGGACUCAUAAAGCACAAGGAAAGACUCUUGAACAUGCUAUCGUGGAUAUCGAAAGUUGUAAAGGUACUGAGUCGCCAUAUGUCAUGCUAUCUCGUGUCACUUCCUUGUCAUCCCUUCUCAUCCUUCGUCCGUUCUCUAUCAAAAGAAUCAGAAGUCAGUUGUCUCAAGAUGCUCAAAAAGAAGAAUGCCGAUUGAAUGUUCUCUGA